UCUAUAUAUAUAUUAGACUUUUAUUAGGUCAAUAUAUAUGUUUUAGAUAUGAAUUAUAGCAGAUAUUAUUCAGAUGGAAGUAGGAGCACACCUUGGCUACUAAACCACUGUGAUCUUUUGUCAAAAGGAUCUUGGAUACUUCCUCCAGCUCAUCCCUAAUGGUGUUCUCUCAUGAGUUUGAACUAAGAGAUUGUUCCUUUGCAUGCUUGAGAAAACAGAAUGCCAAUUUAGAGUUAUUACAAAAAAAAAAAAAAACAAACCACUAAGAAUACAAAAAAAAACAUAUGGGGGGAGGGGGGGGGAUACCAGAUUAUCAUUUAUCAAGCAAAACGUCUCACCUGGUUUAAUUGUACGUAUAUACAAUACAAUGCUCAUCAGAUUUUUAAAAGCAAAACAAAUAGUCAUAAUCUCCCAUAACAGUCCGUCGCAAAUCGCACCAAGGAAAUAUCAUGUAUCUCCAUUCAUGUAAAAGAUGCUUUUUUUACCAUCAUUCCUUAAAAAAAAGGCUUAAAGAUGGGGGAUGGCUGCCGUGAAGUUAGGCCUUUUAAAGGUAUUUUGUCUUCGGCCCAAGCCCCUAAAUAAAGAAAUAUUAGGGCCCGGCUACUCAGUGACAAGAGAAAGCGUUUGUUUGAUUGGUCUGUCUCGCUCGCGCUCCGCCGCCCAGGAAAAUAAGCUUCCCGGCGUUUGAGAAACCUUUUUCCUUUUUGUUUCAUUAGUUUUUGUCAGUAAGUCGUUGGUUGGCUGCAUUCAUUCAGAAAUGAACAACCACCACUGAAUCCAAGGAUUGAUUGCCUCCGGAUCCAAGCAUGUGGUGCGUAGAACGUUUUUUCGCUAAUAGAAAUGUUUCGGUUUUCUUCUUCGCUGGUAUUCAAUCCAUGAAUUUAAUAGAAUUUGAGAGAAUUCAUUAAUAAUAAUUUUUGUAGUAAUUUAAAAGAUUCGUUGAUAUUUUAAUGCAUUUACGUAAUUCUCAUGUUUACUUUUUCUUAAGGAUUUUAAAGGAAUGCACAUUAUGAUAGAUAUGAAUCUUGUGUCUUGUAAACCAGCUUUCUCUCUAUUUUCAUGGGAUAGUAUGAUAUUGUUGACUAAAUCAAACAAAAUAAUAAAUAAAAAGCACCAUAUAUAAAUUUGAAUUUGGAAGUUUGUUGAGAUCCAAUUUAAAACAAUGAAAAUGAUGUAGAUAAGCCAGAGAAAAGUUGAUAGAUUAGUUUCAGAUUACGAACAAAUGGUAAGAUUUUCCAUUUGUUUACUUGCAAAGUUGAUAGAUUAGUUUAGAAAAUUGAUUACAAAUUCUUUCCAAAUUCUUUCAUCAGCAACUCCCGACAGUAAAGGAGGGAGAUCUAAGACGAGCCGAGUGGAGACGAGACCUGGCCUUCCGGAAUAAUCUAUUUGUGGUUUUGUAAACGAGUCCUUGUUCUUAAAGAACUUCUUGCUGAAGCGUAAGGGAUAUGAAGAGUUCAAGACGCUGGCGAUUGUGGGGAAGUUCGGAGUUGGGAAAACGACGUUAUGUCAGGAUGUGUUCAACGACAAAGACGUGAAAGAAGCUUAUCUCCUGAGGGUAUGGGUGUCUAUGUACAGUGAAGAAAGUGAAGAAGAUCCAAAGGUAGCUGUUCUGAAAAGGAUCUUGGGAUCACUUGGAGUUAAAGUUGAUGCGCUUGACCACAUCAGAACAGAAGCAGACGAAGAGAAGAGAAAAAACGAUGAAGAAGGGAGAAGAGAUGAAGAGACGGUUGAAGAGAAGGAGCUUUUUAAGUUAUUGCAUGCUCUUAACUCGAAUCUGUUUGGGAAGAAGUACUGUCGUGCUGGACGAUGUCUGGGAGAAUAACGAAUUCUCUUCAUAAGAGGAGGAACACAGUUCAUUCAAGGCACUUCCAAUAGGUCAAAGUCAACUUCGAUCUCUCUUUGUAUACAAACUUUUGGAACCACAUAGAAAAGGAGAUAACACAACUAUUGCCUCACAAGUCACAACAACAUUCCCAAAGUUUGUGUCCGCAAUGAUCCAAAGUCCACCAAACCGAGAUCAUGUGGAGGAUCAUCAAUCAUUUGAUCUGGAAGAUUGGCUUCCAAUAACAGCAUCAAGAAAUGCAAAUUGGUACUAUUCAGCUUUCCACAACGUAACUGCAAUGGUUGGUGCUGGAGUUCUUGGCCUUCCCUACGCCAUGUCAGAGCUUGGGGGACCUGGGGUUGCGGUGCUGAUCCUGUCAUGGGUGAUCACGUUGUACACCCUCUGGCAAAUGAUUGAGAUGCACGAGAUGUUUGAAGGGCAACGGUUUGAUAGGUACCACGAGCUGGGUCAGGCAGCCUUUGGAAGGAAGCUUGGUUUGUAUAUCAUCGUGCCGCUACAGCUUCUUGUUGAAACCAGUGCGUGCAUUAUCUAUAUGGUGACCGGAGGUGAAUCGUUGAAAAAGGUUCAUCAACUUUCUGUGGGAGAUGACAAGUGCACAAAGCUGAGAAUCGAAUACUUCAUUUUGAUAUUUGCCUCUUCACAGUUUGUGCUCUCCCUUCUAAAGAACUUCAACUCCAUUUCCGGUGUCUCUUUGGUGGCUGCCGUCAUGUCUGUAAGCUACUCCACGAUAGCUUGGGUAGCCUCACUGGCAAGGGAAGCCCCAGAGAGUGUCGAGUACGGUUACAAAAAAAGAACAAACUCGGUUCCGUUAGACUUGUUAGGUGGAUUGGGAGAGAUUGCUUUUGCGUACGCAGGUCAUAACGUAGUUUUAGAAAUUCAAGCAACGAUCCCAUCAACACCAGAGAAUCCGUCGAAACGACCCAUGUGGAAGGGAGCCAUCGUAGCCUAUCUCAUCGUAGCUUUCUGCUACUUCCCUGUGGCUCUUAUAGGGUUUAAGACCUUUGGGAACAAUGUCGAAGAAAAUAUUCUGACAUCACUCCAUGAUCCCAAGGCACUUAUCAUUCUUGCCAACAUGUUUGUGGUCGUACACCUCCUCGGAAGCUACCAGGUGUACGCAAUGCCCGUGUUUGACAUGAUCGAAUCUGUAAUGAUAAGGAAAUGGCACUUCAGGCCUACAAGGGUUCUAAGGUUUAGCAUCCGAUGGACAUUUGUGGCUGCCACGAUGGGUAUUGCAGUGGCAUUACCGUAUUUCAGUGCUUUGCUAUCAUUUUUUGGGGGAUUCGUGUUUGCCCCAACCACAUACUUUAUACCUUGCAUCAUAUGGUUGAUCCUGAAGAAACCAAAGAGAUUUAGUCUAUCAUGGUGUAUCAACUGGAGUUGCAUAAUUCUUGGGGUUGUACUGAUGAUCAUUGCACCUAUUGGAGGACUCGCUAAAUUAAGAUAUCAGAUCAAACACAAGCGUCUACCUAACUCCAACUGCACCAUCACCUAAAUUACAAAAAAGGUGAACGUUUCUUCGUUUCAUUUGCCAAUGUGUGCUUCUUCACCUAUUCAUGUUUUCACUGAUUGUGUUUCUCUCACUUGUUUGGAUUCCACGAAUUUCAGUUCUUGUAUUGUACAAGAUUAUGAUAUCUCUUCCGGUUUGGUUCA